GGUGUUUUUCCUCAGAGCAACAGACUUGGCCAGCUGUUCAGUCAAGGUGUUGUUUUCUUUUAAUUCGCGAGAUGAAACACAACUCCAACGUCCCGGCUUUCCUCACCAAGCUGUGGACGCUAGUCGAGGAUGCAGACACCAAUGAAUUCAUCUGCUGGAGUCAGGAGGGCAACAGUUUCCUGGUGUUGGAUGAGCAGCACUUUGCCAAGGAGAUCCUGCCCAAGUUCUUCAAGCACAACAACAUGGCAAGUUUCAUCAGGCAGCUCAACAUGUAUGGAUUCCGUAAAGUGAUGCACAUUGACACAGGCAUUGUGAAACAGGAGAGAGACGGUCCAGUGGAGUUUCAGCACCCCUACUUCAAACAUGGACAGGACAACCUGCUGGAGAACAUCAAAAGGAAGGUUUCUAACACUCGGCCAGAGGAAAACAAGAUUCGACAAGAAGACCUGACCAAGAUCUUGGCGAGUGUUCAGAGUGUUCACAGCAAACAGGAGAACAUGGACGUAAGGCUGGCAACACUCAAGAGGGAGAAUGAAGCUCUGUGGAGGGAGAUCUCAGAUCUGAGACAGAAACAUGCCCACCAACAACAGCUCAUCAAAAAGCUGGUACACUUCAUCGUCACAUUGGUACAGAACAAUCGCAUCCUGAAUUUAAAACGCAAAAGGCCAGUUCUCAUGAACAGCAAUGGAAAGAAGCCCAAAUACAUUCAUCAGAUGUAUGAUGACAAAGUGUGUGUGGAACAGUCGUCUGUCAGCAGUCUGAGUGGUGUGAAGAGCUCUGAGAUGUCAGAUGACGUCAUAAUCUGUGACGUGACUGACAAUGAUGCCGAGGUGGGAGCUGAGAUCACAGAGGAGUCACCCAGAGCCUACGAGCAAGGUGAUGUAGAAAUCGUGGAAGUAGAGUUGGACAGCUGUGCGGUGCUUCCAGCUGAGACGGAGGUGAGCACCACCCGCACAGAUGACAUCAAACAGACAGAGGAUUGUGUGUCAGCAGUAGCAGCAGCAGCUGCAGCAGCAGCAGACGACAGCCAGAGGAGCAGCGCUUCAGAUGGCAGUGGACCAACCAGCAGCGCCGUGCAGCUCAAUAAACUCUCAGGCCUGAAUUUCGAGGACCCCGUCAAGAUGAUGGACUCCAUACUGAACGAGAACGGAGCAAUAUCACAGAACAUCAACUUGCUGGGCAAGAUGGAGCUGAUGGACUAUCUGGACAGUAUUGACUGCAGUCUGGAGGACUUCCAGGCCCUGGUUUUUGGAAAACAGUUUGGCAUUGACGCACUAGAGGAAAGUAUUUCCUCCAAAGAGAACCCCACACAGUUAAACAGAGGCAAGACAGAGGAAGCCAACACAGACAAGCAGUUGAUCCAGUACACCUCCUGCCCCUUGCUGGCUUUCCUCGAUGGCUGUAUUUCUCAUCCAGAGCUGGAGCUGGCCGGCGGCGGCAGCAGCAGCAGCGCCGCCUCCUCCUAUAACACCCACCUCCAGCCCUCUUCCAGCUGCAGUGCUUCUGUGGAGGACGAGCCACCCUCAGAGCUGCUUGAAAACAGCCUGGAGUCGAAGCAGCUGGCUCGCAGCUCCCUGAUCCGCCUGGAGCCUCUGACGGAGGCGGAGGCCAGUGCCGACACGCUCUUCUACCUGUGUGAACUGAGUCCUCCUGCAGUGGAGGCCGACUCCACCCUGCUGGACAAAGUGUGAGCAGGAAGGGAACUGGUGUGGCAGUGAUGUUGGUUCACCUCCAUCCUCCAGACAAUACUGACAUUGUGUGUUAAUGUGCGCGCACCUCUGUGACCUGAGGUGUGUGUGUAAGAGAAGUGACGAAAAGCACCAGGCUGGUGGAAGAACAGCUGCAGUUUGUACCAUGUACACAUUUAUACAUUUUAAGACUUUUGCAUUGAAGAGAACAUUUGAGUCACAGAAAGAAGCCACAUUUUCAUCAAAUAUAACAAUAAUAGUUUAUCAACCUCUGGCAGGUUAUAACCCUUUGAACCUAACAGAUGCAAUCUGUGUGGAAAAAAUGGUUACUCUGUCAAAAGAGAACACACAUCGUACACAUGCUGUAUACAGUAUCUCUAUGUGUACAUUAAAGGGACAGUUCACCCAAAAAUCAAAAAUACAAUUUUUUCUUCUUACCCAUAGUGCUAUUUAUUAGUCUAAAUUGUUUUGGUGUGAG